AUAGUCAGUAUUCUGUAUUUGUGGGCAACUUGCCACCGAAUACCAUCCAAGCCCAUUUCGACCAUAUAUUUCCUGAUUGCAAGGUUAGUUGCGAAUUGCACGAAUAUCUCGGUGCAGAUGGUUAGCGUUAGGUUGGUUAGAGACCGUGAUACUGAUGCCUUCAAGGGAUAUGCCUAUGUAGAUUUUGAGGACGAAACUUCCUUCCAAACUGCCCUGAAAACGGAUGGCUCGAUCGUCGAGGGGUUCCGUUUGCGAGUCAAUCCCGCACAAGAAAAACGUGGCAGUCGCGGUGGCCCGAGGGGCGGUCCUCCGCGAGCAAUGGGAAACGGUUACGGCCGCGGUGGUGGUGGUGGAGCAUACCAAGGUCGAGGAAACCAGGACAAUUGGUCGUCUCGUGGUCGUCCCAAUAUGGGGCCUGGUGGAGGACGGUUCACUGAACGCGGCCCUCGCGGCGGUGGCGGAGGUAUGGGUGGACGAGGCGGCCCCCAAAGACAAAGUUAUCAUCCACCUGGUCUCGCUCGUGAUCCUAUUGUAAAUGACCGUCCCGAUACGGGUGAUUUGAACAGCAACAGUUCGGGCGAGGAGAGACCUCGUUUGAAGUUGAAGCCUCGAACAGUGCCUCUCAAUCAAACUGACGACCGACACCUCUCAGAACGCAGCAAAGCGAUUUUCGGUACCGGACGUCCACGAGAACCCAGCCCACUACGUGAAGAAGCACCAACCACGUCAAGCUACAUGGGUAAGCGGUUCUACUGUGACUACUGCGAUAAAUCGUUCCCGGAUAACGCUACGAACCGGAGAGCUCAUCUUAAUGGAGUGCAACACCAGCAGGCGCGUAGGCUGCACUUUGAUCGUUAUUUAGGUAGGUGUCCAGGCGUGUUUGAGACCACAUUUGGUACAGCUCCACAAGAGAAGUUAGUCCUCGAAAGAGCCAAGAAGCCAUGCAUCGGAUUUGCACGGACGGGUGCGUUUUCAGCUUGUCCCGUUAUUCAUUUUACAGGUGAAUGCAAUUACGGUGUUCUUUGCAAAUAUUCUCAUAUGACGCCAGAAAUGCUUCAUCAGUUGGAGCAGCAAGCAAAAGAAAAAGCUAGUGACGUGCUGCGGCUAUCGUAUUUGUCAUCCGAGCAAAAUAUUGAGGCUCUGCUACAAAAACUAGAAAGUGUCGUUUUGAAGAGACGAAUGGAGAGAGAACGGUUUGGAUCGACAAGCGAAAGUCAUUCGUUAGUGCUGCCUGUCGGGUUUGAAAAUGCAGAUCUCCCUCCUUCCCUACUGUUG